AAAUGUAACUAUACCAAUGAAAUACAAUCAUGUCAUGGACUUCAAAGACUUUGUAAAGAAACAUUGUACAAACCUAAAAACAUCAGUCACUGGACAAAGAAUAAACUGGCUUAAAAGCCGGAUCUCACUUUCUUGAUUUUGCGGUGGUAAAAUGUUAACCUACAUGAACUAGUGGGCUGGGUUUAUCUGUCAGUGAUUUGCUGGUAACAUUAGUGUUUAUAAACAGAAACACAUGUUUGAGCAGACAGUAAUUUGGUAUAGUGUUGAAUCUGUAUUUACAUGUAAACUUGAUUUGAGACAUCCGCUAGCUAAGAGAGAAGUUCAUAACCUUUCAAGUGGGCGGUGCUUAGCAUUUAAAGGGAAAUUUGAAUUUUAAGCAGACAACAAAAAUCUUUUUCCUGUAAGUCAAUAACUAUAUAUUUUGCAACCACCAAAGUACACAUACAAUUGUUUGUAUACUAAAGUAUAUGUACAUGUAUGCCAAAUUUCAUCGGAAAAUAUUAAAUACAAACUUAAAUAUUUUGAAAAUAAUCAUUUUUGUUUUCUGCUGUUUACACACCAGUGUACAACUGAAAAGUAGACAUUUUGUAAAUUUGUGGCCCUAAUAUACUGCUUCUCUGGUGUUUAAGGAAAAGUGGAUAAAAGUGCGAAGGGACAAUCAAAGAUCAGUAUUUGUGAACUACAGCUUUGACGACAACCAAUUUCAGGAAAUUCAAGUACAGAAAACAACAAGAAAACAAAAAGUUCAUUUAGAGAUCACUACUGAAUAACGAUGGGGGACAAUAAAAAAAAGGACGAACUUUUACAGAAGAAAUUGGAGUUUCUAAAACAGCGAGCAUUAAAUGUUAAGUUUGACAUCGAUACAGUAGAGUUCCAACCAAUAGAAAACAUCGGUAUCGGAGCUUAUGGCGUUGUAUGUUCCGCAAUAUGCCGAAAAACUAAUGACAGAGUUGCCAUUAAAAAGAUUCCCAAUGUUUUUGACCUUAGAGAUGCGGCAAAGAGGGCCUACAGGGAAAUAAAGAUCUUGAAACAUUUUAAACAUGACAACAUCAUUCACAUUAGAAAAAUUCUGAAGCCGAAAGAAUGUAUGAAUGAUUUCCGUGAUGUAUAUGUGGUGUUUGAUUUAAUGGAGAGUGACCUGCACAAGAUUAUCUACUCCAAGCAGGAGCUCACGGAGGAACAUGUACGCUACUUCCUGUAUCAGAUCCUGAGGGGCCUCAAGUACAUCCACUCUGCCCAGGUCAUACAUCGAGACUUGAAGCCUAGCAAUCUGCUGGUCAAUGAAGACUGCCAGCUGCGCAUCGGAGACUUUGGAAUGGCUCGAGGAUUUUCCGCCUCGUCGGUGGAGCCAAGUUUCUUCAUGACUCAGUACGUGGCCACUCGGUUCUACAGGGCCCCUGAGAUAAUGAUGUCCCUCAUAGAGUACGGGGCCGCUGUAGACAUGUGGUCCGUGGGAUGCAUCUUCGCUGAAAUGCUCGGCAGAAAGUACUUGUUUAAUGGUAAGAAUUCUAUCGAGCAGAUCAAGUUGAUAGUCGGGUUGCUCGGCAACCCGGAUGCAGAAAUCAUCUCCAUGAUUCAGUCCCAGUUACUGAAGAGCUUCUUUCAAGAGAUGGGCCCUAGGAAGCCAGUGUCGUGGGCGAGCGUGUACCCAAAGGCGAGCAAGAAGGCUGUGAACCUCCUGGGCCGCAUGCUGGUCCUGAACCCGAAGAAACGCAUCACGGUGGAGCAGGCGCUGGUACAUCCUUUCUUGAAUAAGUACCAUGACCCCGAUGAUGAACCCAUCUGUGUGCCCACCUUUAACUUUGAUUUUGAGAAAGAGAACUUGACCCUGCCACACUUGCGAGAAGUGAUCCACAAAGAGAUCAUGGAGUAUUACGAACCUCGCACACCCACCUUCAGUUUUACUGCUGAGCUCAGACCUGUGCCGAAACUGGACGAAGGAAAAGAGGGACCAGCUCACGGACUUCCAUCCCUCUUCAAGGACUACCAGAACUCUCAGGAUAUGAAGGGGACACCUGACUCUUCUGAGGGCCAAUCAAAAUCAGAUGAGGCGGUGUUCAAGCGUCCAUUAAGCGCAAAGAACAGGGGACCCCAAGUGUCUGUGCUGACAGAUAACCUGCUAAAAUCAGAGAGUGAUAUUGAAAUGUUGAGUGCACGGUCGACAGAUGAGAGACAGCCUAUGUCAGCAACUGUGGAGGAACAGAAGUCAAAGGAAGGGGAAGUUGGGAAUGAAAACCUGAAGGAGAAUGCAGAACCAGUCAGGGACGAGAAGCACAAGACAAUCUCGGAGGGAACGAAGAAUCUCAUUAAAGCAGCCCUGUUGAAUGCCAGCUUCAAGAAACGAACUGAUUCGAUGAGUGAAGAUGAGAGACCUAAGCCCAUGACUGCGGCCCAACGUCAGAGACAGAGAGAGGACAAACGCAAGAAAAAGAAGGAGAAAACAUUGGAGCGAAAGCGCAAAGAGAAAAAAGCAGCCACCAGUGAGGAGCAGCUAACCUCUGCAGAUAUGGAGGCCCUGAAUCGAUGGAUGAUGAUGCAGAAGGUCAACAUACCCAUCGCGCCUCGCCCUAGCAACACCAUAGCAACGCCUGAUCAGACCAAGACUGGGCUCAAGAGCUCUGAUAACGCCCUGCCAGGCUUCUCAAACUCAGAACGUAACGUUCAGCAAGGAACUCUUGAUCUUCUACAGCAACGAAUACUCGCCAAUGCCCAGGAUUCUCGACAGGAAAUGCCAAUGGCAGAAGCAUUGUCUAAAGUGCCCUCUACUGGUCAGUUACCAGAUUUGCCUCUUCAGGGAGUUGGUGGGGUUAGCGUGAGCAAAAAGGCGAGUGAUUUCUCUGUGGACUUUUCUAGUGUGCCACUUGGGGAGCUGGAUUUCUUGACUAUGGUUAGUAGCCCUGAAAUUGUGAAGAUGCUUUCUCAAAAUGCGGCCGAGUCGCAGCAGCAGUUUCCAAACAUCUCCAGGACACAGUCUCAAUUCUCCAACGAAUCCACAUCACAGUUUACUGACAACUCGUUUGUUGAUACCACGGUGCCAUUUCCGUCUGCGGAUAGCGACACAACAAACUUCCUUCGCAGUUUAUGUGCCAGCUCUAUGCUUUCAAAUGAAAACACCCUAAAUGACCAGCAUCAUGGAUAUGGGGUUCAGCAGACAAACGAGUUGAACGUUCUACCGAAUUAUCAAAAUAGUUUGUUGCCCAAUCCAUAUCAGCAUCAAUGUCAGCAGUCUUCCUCCCCUGGUUCCCAGCACAGUGUGUCGUCUGCUGACCGGUCCCCACAUUUCUUAGACUCAACAGGGAACCAGACUUGUGUUCAGCAAAACCAGUCCAACUCUACCCCGUCAAACAUGAUGCCAUAUUUUGGUAACAUCAGCAAUAAGAACGAAGCCCAAGCAGACGCCUCUUUGUUCAUGGGGGCGGGAAGUUUCCAGAACCAGUUUGUUUAUUCGAAUCAAAACUUUGAGAAUGUUCGUAACCAGUCAACAUUUCAGCAGGAGUUCCAAGAUUCUCAGACAUCGAGUUCGAACUCUAAUUCGCCGCCUCCAUUGCUGGUGAAUACUCGCCACCCUCAGAUGUCAUUCCAGAACAUUUUCCAGAGUGGUGCAAUGGGAGGCCACAGUCAGCAACCCGAUGAGACCCAACUUGACCUGGUGAGCAUGUUGACCCAGCAGCUGUCGAAGUCCAGCGUGCACGACUUCUGCCCCCCGCUGGCACUCACCCCCAGGGGUACGGGUGGAGGGUAUGGCGUGGGCGUCGACCUGGACUCCCUCAUGGACCCCCAGCCUGCAGACCAGGGGGACGGGCCCGACCCAGAGCCUUCCCCUCUGUCCUCCUCCAUCCUGGCUGAUUGGAUGGACAUGACGAGCAACCUCAAUAUCGACCUCGAUGCACUGGAGCAGGAGCUGACCUCGCCAAUGUCUCUGUCGUACAACGACCUGAAUAUGUACCCCUCGUAAACAAGGUGUUGUAGCAAGACGUGGUGAAGUGUGAUGUAGUGGUAUAUACUUGAAGCUUGAGUUUACAACACCAGAGUCUUUCUUCUAGGACUGUUACCUCAUGCAACAUGUACAUGGGAACCAACCAUUUUAGUCAAAGACAUCAACAGAGCCUCAACCAGAGAAUUAGAACACCAUGGUAACAUCUACCUAUUGUUAAGAUAGCAACUAAACAACAUGGAACCUAAAUUUCUUAGUUGUACAGCAACAGGUAUGCUGGAAAAGCAGGUACUUUGACAUUGGGCUGUCUAUCUCAUACUCAUCAUAUGCAUAUUUAGCUCUCCUAAGCACAUGGUGCUCAUGGUGAGCUUUUUUGAUCACCCUUUGUCCUGUGUGCGUCAACUGUCGUCAACAUUUACCUUUAAUUUGAACUCCACCUUGUAAAAUAGUUUAGUUCCUUAGCGUCUCAGGUGAGCCCCUUAGGGCCCAUGACCCUCUUGUUCAUACAAGUCUAUAUAUAAAUUGUGCCUGUGCCAUUAUCAUGUGAACAUGAAUUUGUUAAAAACUAAUUUAGAUACCAUUUAUUCAGAAUCUAGUAUGAACUAUCUUUGUGCUAAGUCAAGGUAAAUUAGCAAAUCAAACUUGUCCUUAAUGCAACUUAUAAGAUCUAGGUAUGAGCUAAAAGUCUUCCUGUCCUGUCAUUUAUUCCGGACCUUGUAUGGGUUCCUAUAAAUGCAUCGUAUACAUUCUGCUCUACAAUAUAUAGAUUUUUAUGCCCCCUUUCGAAGAAAAGGGGGCUUAUAGUGAUCGGCCUGUCCGUCUGUCUGUCCAUCUGUCCGUCUGUCUGUCUUUUCGUCACACUUUGCGAUUAAGUUUCGAAAAAUGCUCAUAACUUCUAUGUCCCUUGAGAUAUAACCUUCAUAUUUGGUAUGCAUGUGUGAAUAUGGACAAGGCCUUUCCAUACGCACACACAUUUUUACCCCUGUGACCUUGACCUUGAACUUAGGGUCCGCGUUUAGGUUUUGAAAUCUGCGUUUAGGUUUCGAAAAAUGCUCUUAACUUCUAUGUCCCUUGAGAUAUAGCCUUCAUAUUUGGUAUGCAUGUGUAUACGGACUAGGUCAGGGGUUCCACUGGCGUCAAAAAAGUUGUCGCCACUUUUUCGCGACGUGAAUACUGUCGGUUAUUCCACCUUAUUAAUAAGAACAAUCAUUUUAAGAAACCUUACUACAUUAAUGACAUUGACUAUAUUAUCACUUUAAAAAGUAUGAUAUUUCAUAAAAAAAACAAUAAG